CUUCGCAAGCCUCGGCCUCUAAAUUGCAGCCAGAGGCCAUCCACAUCCGUCAGACCAUGACGAUCGUUGCGAUCUGGCCCCAUUGAUUGGGACUGGGGUAAUCCCCUCAUGAUGACGUUGAUUCGUUGGUAACUCUUCCAUGGAAACACCCCUGGAAACGAAACACAGGACCGAGAUGGCGUAUGAUUAUGGAAGGUAUGAAAAGAUAGAUGAGCACGACGUCAUCGAAGACCGUCUCUGGAGUGUUCGGGAUCUUAUAUAAAGCCUUCUUCAUCGCCUCUCAAACCAUCUUUCUCCCAUCAUCAAACAAUCUCAAGCAAUCUACAAAGCUCUUCUUCAAACUCUCACAACCACUUCCAAGAACAACUUCCGUUCAACCACAAAUCAAUCAACAUGUCUGACACCGGUCGCAAGGAUUUCUCUACCAAGGCCAAGGAGGAGAUCACUCCCGACUCCACCAAGUCCACCCAGGACAAGGUCAAGGAGACUGUCACCGACACCACUGAUCGCCUUGCUCGUGGCACCCAGUCCGACAACUCCAAGUCUACCACCCAGGAGGCUUUCGACAAGACCCAGCGCUCCCAUGACAACCACGCCCACGGCGGCUCUUCCGGCUCCAUUGGUGACAAGAUCAAGAACGCUGUCGGCCUCGGCGACAACUAAGUUCCUUUCACCAAGAACUGAUCACAACUGUAUCAUGGGAUAGCGGCAGACUUUCGGGUCUGCUGGCCGG